AUGGGGAAGAGCUACCAAGCUGUGAGCGAGGAAUACAAGAAGGCUUUUGAGAAAUGCAGGAGGAAGCUCGGAGGAUUCAUUGCUGAAAAGAAGUGUGCCCCAUUUAUGCUCCGUCUUGCGUAUGUUCCGUCUCUAAUUCUAUAUGGCACUCUGCUGGCACUUAAUUGGGAUGUGAACUCUAAGACCGGAGGUCCGUUCGGGACAAUGAGGCAAAAGGCUGAGCAAGGUCAUGCAGCCAACAACGGCCUAGAGAUUGCUGUACAUGGCAACAUUUGUUUGGCGGGAGUUGUUGCUGUUGAAAUUACUGGUGGACCCGAGGUUCCAUUCCACCCUGGUAGGGAGACUCUCACAUUGAACUCUGAUGCUGUGAAGCUUCUGGGACAAUGCCAACUCUACGUGACCACCGACUAUCUCACACAAGGACCAAUUUUCUUGCCACUGUCGUUUUCUGACCAAACCAAACGUGAAGAAAGCUUUUGA